AUGUCUACAGCGGCGACCGCCAAGCGCCCCGAGAUCAUUGACAUCGCGCGGGGUCUGAACCAUGUUCCCAUGUGUGAAGAGUACGAGCGAAUGAUCUCAGGGAUGAUGUACAAUCCCAAUUUCCCUCGACUCUUGGAAGCACGCCACCGCGCUCGUGGGGUAACCCAGGACUACAACAACCUUGACACCAAGACCGUUCCAUACGAUAAGAUCCACGACGUUCGUCUGGGGAUGCUUAAACAUGUUGUCGGACAGGUGGGAUCGGGCACGUUCGUGGAGCCACCCUUUCUGCCGGACUACGGAUGUAACAUCCGGAUCGGCGAAGACUGCUUCAUCAACUUCAACUUCACCGCCCUAGACACCAGUUUAAUCAUCAUCGGUGAUCGAGUGCAAUUCGGCCCGAACGUCAGCGUUUUCACUGCGGGUCAUGACGUCAGUGUCUUGUCGCGACGGAAAUUCGUUGAGUUUGGCCAUCCAGUUCUAAUUGAGGAUGAUUGCUGGAUCGGGGGGAAUGUUAUUAUUCUCCCCGGAGUGACCAUUGGAAAGGGUACGACGAUCGCAGCUGGAUCGAUAGUUACCAAAGACAUUCCGCCCUAUUCCGUGGCCGUUGGCAGUCCUUGUCGGGUUAAGAAAACCAUUCCGUCCCCUGAGGAGGAGGAGCAGAAUCCUAACAAUCCUUACCGGAAUUUGGUUCGUGAAGAUAGAGCAGAGUAG